GAGAAAGAGGGCAGGGAGGAAGGUGCGCUUCUCUCCGAUUGCAGCACUCUCUCUGUCACAUUGAUAAGGUGUCUGUUCGGCUCCAUCUCAUUCUGUCUGUCUGUCUCUCUCUCUCACACACACACACACACACACUCACACAGCGGUGGUGCUGCAAAAACAUUCUGUGAAAUCCAGCAGCAUCAUCGGGACAGACUCGCAGCAUCAGCGCAGCACUGAUAUCAUCGGUCAACAGUGACAAUAAUAACAACCUGGACCAGGGAAGACAACAACACAGGCAUCACGCUGGGGUCCGCAGAGUGCGCGGGCCGGCCAGAGGCCAUGAGGCUGGUCCAUAAUGCAGAGAAACAGUCUUUCUCCUUUAAGAAGUGCUCUGCCUUCCAGUUUGUCAAGAGGAAGGUGCGCAGGUGGAUGAGGAAUCCGAAGGUGAAUGUGGAGAAGGUCCAGGCUAAGGGCUUCCUGUCUCCAUGUCCGAAAUGUCAGGAGGGCCAGGACCUGUGGUACACACAUUUCCCAGCACCUUACGGCUGCUGCCACUACAGUCCUGGAGGAUACUGCCUCCCUCACCCCCCCAGCCCUCUCUGUCAGCCCUGUGGCCCGUGCACACCCUGCCAGCCGGACAAGAACAAGACAUGCAAGGUGAGGAAAUGGAAGAUGCUCAGUCGCCAUCACAACGAUAGUAAGGUGAAGGAGGCCGAAUCAGAGGGGCAUGUGAUCUGCCCCUGGACGAUGUCACCCCUGCUGGGAAGCCCCGUACUGCUGGAAUGUUGCAUCUGCAAUGGCCCCUUCAUCACUUACGGGCACGAGGAGGCAUGGCAACCACGUCAGCGCACACAGGCAAUGGACCUCUACUAUCAUGGAGACCCUGAGUCUGAUUAUUGUUGUCCAUCUGACACCACUUUUAUGAAACAGAGAAGGAUGGGACUGAAUGACUUUAUCCAGAAGCUUUCCACAAACGCUUAUGCAUGCAAGCAUCCUGAGGUCCAGUCCAUCUUGAACUUGACACCUCCACAAGAUGCAGAGCUGAUGAACAGCAACCCUUCCCCACCGCCAAGUCCUUCUCAGCAAAUAAACCUCGGCCCUUCUUCCAACCCCAGCGCCAAACCAUCAGACUUCGACUUCCUCAAGGUCAUCGGAAAAGGCAGCUUUGGAAAGGUUCUUCUGGCCCACCACCGAAGCGAUGAGAAGUUCUAUGCAGUCAAGGUGCUGCAAAAGAAAGCCAUCCUGAAGAAGAAAGAGGAGAAACACAUCAUGUCUGAGCGCAACGUGUUACUGAAGAAUGUCAAGCAUCCUUUCUUGGUGGGCCUGCAUUACUCCUUUCAGACUACUGAUAAACUCUACUUUGUACUGGACUACAUCAAUGGCGGAGAGCUGUUCUAUCAUUUGCAGCGGGAGCGAUGCUUUCUGGAGCCACGUGCGCGGUUCUAUGCAGCCGAGAUCGCGAGCGCCUUGGGGUACCUGCAUUCGCUGAACAUCGUGUACCGAGACUUGAAGCCCGAGAACAUUCUCUUGGAUUCUCAAGGACACAUCAUCCUGACCGACUUCGGCCUGUGCAAAGAAAACAUAGAACCCAAUGGAAUGACAUCAACGUUCUGUGGAACACCAGAGUAUUUGGCACCGGAAGUGUUACACAAACAGCCGUAUGACCGGACAGUGGACUGGUGGUGUUUGGGUGCAGUGCUGUAUGAAAUGUUAUAUGGCCUGCCUCCGUUCUACAGCCGUAACACAGCGGAAAUGUACGAUAACAUUCUGAACAAGCCACUCCAUAUCAUAUUAAAUAGCAGUUUUGUUGCUGUUAUGUCUAAUGUAUCUUCUAUUUCACUUUUGUAGACUGAGAUCAAGAACCACAUGUUCUUCUCUCCCAUAAACUGGGAUGAUCUAAAUGCCAAGAAGCUCACACCGCCCUUCAACCCCAACGUGACGGGGCCUAAUGACUUGCGGCACUUCGACCCAGAGUUCACCGACGAGCCAGUGCCGAAUUCAAUCGGCUGCUCCCCGGACAGCGCUUUAGUCACAGCCAGCAUCACCGAGGCGGCAGAGGCUUUCCUUGGUUUCUCUUACGCCCCUGCUAUGGAUUCCUACCUGUAGCCCAUCGAUGCAGGAACGCCAUCCCAUAGACUCUUACCUGUAGCUCAUUACCAUGGAAACCUGUCCCAUGGAAUCACACCUGUAGUGCAUCACUAUGAGAAAAGAAACCCUGUCUCAUUUCCCUGCCUCCAUAUAGGGGGCAUUUGCACAUGGCAUACGGCAGCUCAAAAGGCCUUUGUUUAAAGGCCUGAGUUUUACAAAUUAAAAAAAGACUUGUCCUCUUCAUCGACUGCAUCCAAAUGCACGAUUUCUCCUCCGCUUUCACCCCGGGUUGUGUCAGACAGACAGAUGGGGAAAAAAAGAGAGAGAGAAGAUUGAUGCUGAUGGACGAUUGUUAUGUACUUUUCUUUUCUUGAGAUUUAUUUCCAGUUUAUUCACUUUUAUAGGAUUGUUGAUGCUAGACUUCAUUGUUUUGGAUGGAUUGGAUGUGUGCGUGUGUGUAUGUGCCUUCGUUUUAACACCCCUUCACACAUGUUUGUUUAAUCUAAAUCAUGUGAUCUGGCACGUCAGUCCGUGUCUGAUAUAAGUCAACAUGACGCUAAAACCACUAAAAUAUAUCAGCAUCUGAUGUUUAUGUGAUCUUUCAGUUACACAUUUGGGAUUAAGUUGCACAUUUAUCUUCCUAAUUUAAAGGGCACUUCCUUUUUUUGUGUUUUUCUUGUUCUUUUGACUCAAGUGGAAGGUGCUAGAGGGAUGUGCUGCUAAUGUGUGUAGAUACGCACUUGGACCAAGGAAUCAGACGUCUCUGUUUUACCUUAGUCUUCCAGCCUCCUAGGAUGUACAGUAAUCGUACAGCUCAGAAAUGGGCUAGUUUGUCUGAACAUCACAUUCCAUGAAAUAAGACUGUAUGGUUAUUUAAGUUUGUUUGUAUAUUUUAAGGUCUAUGUAUUAGUUUUAAUGUGUAUAUGGAACAAAAACCUAAGGUAUGCUUACAUGUAACUAUAAAUGUACUGUAAAGUUGUAAAAUGUUUUAAUUAAACAAUGUGACCUUGUUUUGUUCGCAAUAAAACUUUAUGGUUAUUUUUCCCCA